UGCGUACAGAAGACGCAGACAUUCCUCCACCAAUGGGCGCGUUACAUCUUCAGUCGUCUAGCCAAUAGAAGGACGACGUGAAGAACCCGGCAGCUCUCUUUGAAAACGUAUGUAAUCUGAAGCACAAAACCGCGUGAAAAUGCUCUUCUACUCGUUCUUCAAGUCCUUGGUAGGCAAAGAUGUUGUGGUGGAGCUCAAGAAUGACCUGAGCAUUUGUGGAACACUACACUCAGUUGAUCAGUAUCUGAACAUCAAACUGACAGAUAUCAGUGUCACUGAUCCAGAGAAAUAUCCGCACAUGUUGUCGGUGAAGAACUGCUUUAUCCGUGGAUCAGUAGUGCGAUAUGUUCAGCUUCCUGCAGAUGAGGUGGACACACAGCUGCUACAGGAUGCUGCACGCAAAGAAGCUAUGCAACAGAAACAAUAAUGUUUACAUUUGAGAAUAGUUUUUUGUUGGGCUGUUCACAAGCAUCAUUUGUGGAGCCUUGUAGAUUUUUUUUGUUCCUACCUGAAUUUUAUGUAAAGUUUGGAUUUCUUCCCCUAAAUAUUCAUUUACCUCUGUUGUCAUGAGGGCCAUUACUGAGAGGGAAGGACUUUUUUGAGUUAGUAUUGGUUUUGUGCUUUGAAUAAUGUUUGGAAGGUUAUGUAUUGCAUUCAAAUUACUUUUAUUUUAGUCAAGUUCUUCAACCUACUAAUACAGGAAUAAAGUAUUUGCUUUCA